GACAACACCAUUGAUUUCCUAGAAUAUGUGGCUGCUCUGAAUCUUGUUUUACGAGGGAAGUUGGAACACAAACUGAGGUGGACGUUCAAAAUAUAUGAUAAGGAUGGCAACGGCUGCAUAGACAAACCUGAGCUCUUAGAAAUAGUUGAGGUGAGUAGGAAUUUAGUAUUUGCUGCCAGACACUCUGUCAGAUUUCAUAACUUGAGUUUGGAAGCUUCUGUAAACCCAGUCCUGCUUGAAGAACUGCUGCAGGGUUUCUCAAAAAUGGGACAUUUCAGCCAUCCAUAGAGAUAUGUGAAACCUAGUGUCCGGUACUGUCAUGACACUAGGUCUGCUGCUGUGAGUGAGAGACCUAUGAUGUUGAUUGCUCACUUUCCCUCUUGAAUUGUUUCAUUUAUUUGUAGCAUUUGUAUAACAUUUUUUUUUUUUUACAAUACAUAAGACAAAACAAAACAAUUUAAAUGCAACCUAGGACAUGAAAUCAUAAAAACAAAAGGUACAUAUAAAGAAAUAAGUUCAAAAUUAAAACACAGAUUGAAAAAUGGGCACCAUAAUCCAAAUCCCAUUUAGCUGGGAGGGGGGUAUCCUGAUUCUGACAGGCUUUGCCUACAGCAGUGGUUUUCAACCAGUGUGCCGUGGCACCCUGGGGUGCCUUGAAGGAUGGUCAGUGGUGUCGCGGGCAACACUGGCCUCUGCCCCUCUUUCUUUCUUUCCCUCCCUCCUUUGAUCCCCUCUCAUGUCUCUGCCUCCGAAAGGCUUGCACAGCUGUUUGUUGCAGCAGCCCUGGCUACAAGCUCUGCAAACGAAUGGUGCCUCUCAGGCUGGCCAGGGGGUGCUGGUUACCAGAAGCUGAGGUGGCCUCGGAGUAAGCAAGCAAGCAGGCAAGGGAGCCCAGCCAGCCAGUCCACCAGCCCUUGCUGCUGGGAGGCUGGGCAGAUAAGCGCUGCUGUGGCCUUUCUUGUGCUUGCUGAGUGCAAGGCCUGCCUGGGAACUGAGUGCCCACAGCUGCCUCCCAAGGUAAGCUGCUGGCCUCAUGGUCACUUUUGGCUAUUCUCCAUUGGAUCACUAAGGCUGGGGGUAUCCUCUUCCCAGGCCUCUCUUUGGAGCAGAGGUGGAGGGAAGCUUAGAGAUCAGGGGCGACAGCAGCAGCUGCCCGGAGGACUCCCAAGGAGAGCCAUCAUACAAUCACCCAAAGCAAUUUGCCUGCCUCCUCCCAUCAUGGGAGCAUCGGGGCUGCAGAUGCCACAAUGACCCCAUCACACCAUUAAGCUGCAGUAGGAGCACCCAGAGUAUGAAUUUCAGCCUGGUCCAGGCUACAUAGAUUAUUUUAAAUACCUGGGUGAACAGAAUCUUCCUCUUGUGCCUCAAAGGCCACAAAGAUGGUGCCAGAAAGGCUCCCUGGAAAGACUAUAGAGCUAGGGUGCCACAACUGAAAAGGCCCUCACUGGAGGAGCAAAGCCUCCAAUGAAAAUGUUAAGCUUUUGGGAAGAUACACAUAGGAGAAUGUGGUCUUUUGGACAACCCCAUUUAGGGCUUUAAGGUUAAAACUGGCACUUAAACUGGACCUGGACCUGGAAACGGACUGGGAUUUUGAAAUCUGAUUUUUAAAAAAUGGUGCCUUUGUUCUGCUCUGUUCACUUUCACUGAGGUUUUCCAAACGAUAUUAUUGAUGGUAAAAAGUAAAAAUCUUAACUUUUUUGUCUGUCAUGUUAAUAUGCAUACGUCAUGCUUUCUUAACUUUAUGUGCAUGGUCAGAAAGGGUAGUGACAAGGAAUGGGCUUCAAUAUCAAGGAAAGGAUCCAGCUUCUAAAUUAUCAAAGACUGACAAGUUGGAUGUGAUGCAGUGGCCUUCCUGUAAUGCUUCUGAUCAUGAUGAAAGUACAGUGGUACCUUGGUUUACAACCAUAAUCUCUUCCAGAGGUCCAAUUGUAAACCAAAACAGGUUGUAACCCAUGGUGUGCUUUUGCUAAUGGGGCCUCCCCCCCCCCCCCAAAUUGGUUGUAAUUAAAAAAAAUGGGUUGUAAUCCAAAUAAAAGGGAAACGCACUUCUGGGUUUGAUGUGGUUGUAAUCCAAAACGGUUGUAAUCCAAAGCGGUUGCAAACCAAGGUACCACUGUAUUCGAACAAGGUUGCAACACAAUCUUGAGAGAUAGCAGUGAAUUCCAGACAGUCUGAAGGAACAGAGUGCGGGAGAUGGUAAUCGGUUUCCAUUCACAAGUGGGAAGAGUGCUGUUGUGCUCAGAUCCUGCUUGUGGGCUUCCCAUAGGCAUCUGGUUGACCACGGUGAGAACAGGAUGCUGGACUAGAUGGGCCAUUGGCCUGAUCCAGCACUUUCUCUCUCUCUUUUUUAAAUACAAUUUUUAUUAAGUUUUACACAAUUUUUCAACACAACAUCUCCAACACUACAUAACAAAUCCUUGGCUAUCAUAGCCUAGGGCUUCCAUCAACCCCUUCUGAUGGUUUUCUGAAUUCCUUUCUAAUUGUGCAUUUUAUUACUAUGCUUAUUGUUUUAAAUCCAAUCUUACCGUAGCUUCCGGAGUAUUAGGCGACUGGACGUAUUAGACGACCCCCCCCAAAUUGGCAGCUGCAAUUUGGGGGUUCAUCUUAUAAGGCCGGUCUUUCUCCCGGUGCGGAGCCCGCCACCCGCCACCCAUACCCAGCGUAUAAGACGACCCCCCAACUUUUUAACCUCUUUUUCGGGGUUAAAAAGUCGUCUUAUACGCCGGAAUCUGUGGUACGUCAACUAAUCUUAAUACUUCUCACAAUAAUUUGAAUAGCUCUCCUUACAAAACUUCUUGCAAUCCUACAAGCCACGUUAGGUAGUGUCAGGGAACUGCCAUCGGAAGGAAGGGAGGUGAAAGGGCUCACACAGGUUGGGAGAGACUCAGCAGCUGAAGAGGGAACCAGUAGGGGGAGAGGAGCUGAGCUGAGGGAAAGUGAGCUGGAGGGAUGGCUCAGAGACACUUCCAGCGAAAACAGUGGGGAGGUUUCAGGACCUCCUGUAGGAACACCCACUCCUCGCCGGAAACUGUCACGCAGAGAGUCCAGAAGACGUGUUUCCGUUAAGGAGCUUUUAUGUUGGAAGCGAUUCCGAAAGCAACCACUGUCGGAAUCUGCUAGUGACUAGAGGAGCCAUGUCUGAGGGCUCCGUCACAGACAGAGGUUUGUGGACUUGAACAAACUCUGAGGGGAUACUAUUUUACGCACAAGCAGCUCAUCAUCCCAUCACAGCAUUCCGACAGUCUUUGAAAGCAGCUUGUGCAGGAGAAGGCAUCAUGAGCAACCCAGCCGGAACCGGAGAAGCAGGAGCUGGAGCGGGUCCAAGCCUGGAAGAAAGGUACCGGGUGUUGGAGGUCCAGCUAGCGCUGCAGACGGCGAGGCUUGAGGAGAGGAGGGCUCAGGAUGCAGACAAAAGGGAAAGCCACCCAGCUCGCCAGAAAGGUACCAGGAUUGGUGCAGAAGUUUGGGGAGCCCAAAGACUAUCAUGGCUUUCGGACAGAGAUGCAAUAUGCCCUCAAUCUGCAGUUUGAUGAAUUCCCUGACGAGGAAUCACGAGUGGCUUUCGUGAUUGGGCAUCUUGAAAAGGGGCGAGAGACUGGGUUAGACCCCUGAUGGCAGCGAAUAGUGACGUCCUAAAGGACACGAUGAAGUUCUUUCGCGCCAUGGAUCUGAUGUUUUCCAGCGAUAUUGAACAGGGAGUGGUGCGCAGACAGUUAAUGGCUUGCAAACAGGGGAGCCGAUCUGUCCGUGAGUACUGGACUGAGUUCACCAUGCUGGUUCACAGAUUGGGGUGGGACUUAUCGGCGGAACCCAUUCAAAUGCUCUUUGAAGAAGGGCUUUCUUCGGCUGUGAAAGACGAACUUUCCCGGGCGCCCAGGGCGGAGUCUAUGGACCAGCUGACCAAAUCAGCGCUGACCAUAGGAGCGCGCCAGGAGGCGAGAGCAUUGGAGAGGCGGGAAGGGAGGGGGAACGUUGGAAGGAGUUCCGCAUUCCAGACAUUCCAGAGCCAACUUUCCCGCCGGCAGAGCCGAUGGAAAUCGGAACAGCGCGCGCGCGCAGUUUCAAAGCCCAGUGAGGGGAAAGAAGGAGGAAAAGGCGCCCGGAAAUGCUAUCUCUGCCAACAGCCAGGUCACUUUGCCAGAGUCUGCCCCCAGAGGAAGGAAUGGCAAGGGAUGGUAGGAGCUGUGGAGGGAAGAGAGGAAGAAAUACCGGAGCAAGUAAAGCCAACGCCUGGCUGCCACCGUCGGGGCACAGCAGCCAGGCCAAAGAGCAGUGAGUGCCCACGCCAGAACCUCCUAAACCCGCCCUAGUGAUAGAAGUGGCGCUAGAGCUGCCAAACGGACACCCUCUAAAGAUAAAGGCGCUGUUGGACUCAGGCAGCUCCUGCAAUUUCAUGAGCAAAGAGUUUGCAGCUGAACACCAGAUACAGACGAUCCCUUUAAGCAACCCCCUGCAGGUGACCACGAUCGAUGGCAGGGAGCUGUUGGGAGGAGAAGUCAGCUUGCAGACCGUCCCAAUGAUAAUGAAGGUGGCAAGGCACACCGAACUGAUAGCGUUUAAUGUGGCCACCUUGGGAGGAGCUCCCAUUAUAUUGGGGAUGAGCUGGCUAGCGUUACAUGAUCCGCUGGUGGGCUGGCAUCAGAGAGUGGUUUCUUUUGGUUCAGCACAUUGCUUAGAACACUGCAAAGAGGGAAAGGGUUUGGCAGGGGCCCAAGCCACCCUAGCAGGGACUGAAGUAACGGAGAACGUGAAGGUACCACGACAAUACGCAGAUCUCCGCGACGUCUUCAGCGAAAGGAAGCUGACCAACUACCCCGCAUAGACCCUUUGACUGUCAAAUCAAUUUACUCCCUGGGGCACAGCUCCCUGUAGGCAAGCUGUACGCCAUGUCAGACAGAGAGAUGCAGGAGCUAAGAGAGUUCAUUGACAAGAACCUGAAGAGAGGGUUCAUCAGAGAGUCCAGGGCGGUGGGGGCAGCCCAGUGUUUUUGUGGAUAAAAAAACACGAACAAGCCGAGGCUGGUGUGUGACUUCAGGGCCUUAAAUGCAGUGUCAGAACCAGUGGCCUUCCCUAUGCCCAGGAUUGACGACAUUUUGACAAGGGUGCGGAAGGGAAAGAUUUUCACAAAGCUGGACCUAAGGGGGGCGUACAACCUGAUACGAAUAAGGAAGGGGAUGAAUGGAAAACCACCAUGUUCACCCCUUUAGGGGCAUUUGAAUAUUUGGUUAUGCCCUUCGGCCUACAAGCAGGCUCCGCAUGCUUUCAAUCGUUUAUGAACCACGUCCUGGGGCCUUUGCUUUACAAGAAUUGUGUGGCCUUCUUAGACGACGUGUUGGUGUAUUCUGAGAAUGAGGAGCAGCAUGUGAGAGACGUCAGAGAAGUGUUGAGCAGGCUGCAAGCCAACCAGCUGUGGGUGAAACUGGAGAAGUGUCAGUUUCAUACCAAGGAGGUGGAAUUCCUGGGGUAUCGCCUGUCAGACAAGGGAUUGGCCAUGGAUCCCGGCAAGGUCCAGGCGGUGCUGGAAUGGAAAACACCCAAAACAAGGAAGGAUGUGCAGAGGUUCCUAGGAUUUGGGAACUUCUAUCGUAAGUUCAUCCGAAACUUUGCCCACCUGACGGCGCCCAUUACGGACUGUCUCAGCAGUAAGAAGAAGUUCGUUUGGACUGAGGAGGCGGAGCGAGCAUUUGAGGAACUAAAAGGGCCUUCGCCUCGGAACAACAACUCCUGCAUGUGGAUUUACAAAAACCGAUGAGAGUGGAAACUGACGCAUCAGACAGAGCGAUUGGGGCGGUGCUUCUGCAGCCAGGGAAGGAGGAGUCAGAGUGGAGACCGUGUGCUUUUUUCGCGAAAGCUGAACAAAUCCGAGAGGAACUACACGGUGUAUGACCGAGAACUACUAGCCAUUCAUGAGGCGUUCCGGAGAUGGAGGCACCUGCUAUUGGCGCACAACAUAAGGUGCAAGUGUGCACUGACCACAAGAACCUAGAGUAUUGGAGGACGGCACGAGUGCUCAGCCAACGGCAAGUGAGAUGGGCCCAGGAGUUCUCCAAAUUUAACUUUGAGAUUGGUUACGUGCCAGGCCCAGAGAACAUUAGGGCGGACGCUCUCUCACGCAAACCUGAAUAUUUGGAGGGGAGGAGCACCCGAAGAGAGACAUGUCAUUCCAGAGGACCGCUGGGUGUGUGGGGCGGCAUUGGUGGGACAAAGAGAACUGGUAGAGGAAACAGAGAAUGAUGAAUACGCCCAGAAUAAGCUCAGAGGUCUUAGGGGUGAGGGAGAGGAACCAGGGGUUUCGAGGAAAGAAAUGGAGCUUUGUAUUACAAAGGGGCACUGUAUAUCCCUGAAGGAGACUUAAGGGGAGGGUACUCAAGCAGUUGCACGACAGCCCUACGGCGGGGCAUUUUGGACAACACAAAACCAUGUGGUUGGUCACCAGGGAAUUUUGGUGGCCUAAGGUGAGGGAAGAUGUACGUGAGUAUGUAAGAGGGUGCGAGCAAUGCCAGCGAGCCAAAGGAGAAAGGCGGGCGCCGGCGGGGCUGUUAGAACCCUUACCAACCCCAGAACGACCUUGGGAGGCAGUGUCGAUAGAUUUUAUGACUGAUCUGCCGAAGUCCAAAGGAAAACAGCCAUCAUGGUGGUGGUAGACCUACUAACAAAGAUGUGCCACUUUGUAGCUUGCUCGCAUGCAGUCACGGCGGAAGAGACAGCGAAGUUAUUUGUAGAACACAUUUUUAGGUUGCACGGGGUGCCAUUGAGGUGGUCUCAGACCGAGGAAAACAAUUUACUUCCAGGUUCUGGAGGAAGCUCAUGAGCUUACUGCAGGAGGAGGUCAAUUUUUAGACUGCCCGGCACCCUGAAACCAACGGGCAGGCGGAAAGAGCAAACGGUGUCCUCCAGCAAUACCUGAGGUGUUAUGUCAAUGACAGAGAGAAUGACUGGGUAGAAAAGUUGGCGCUGGCGGAAUUUGCCUACAACAAUGCCGAGAAUGUGUCCACAGGGAUGAGCCCCUUCUUGGCUAAUUAUGGGUGUCAUCCCAGGGCUUUCCCAGGGGAGAUGGGGAGAGAUGGAGCGUCCCGGCAGCCGAGCAUUUUGUGGAAGAAAUGGAAGCAAUCCAUCGUCAGCUCCAACUCAACUUAGAAAGGGCGAAGGAAGAAUACAAGAGGCAGGCAGACAAGAACCGAAGGGAAGGUGAAACCAUAAGGGUGGGAGAUAGGGUGUGGCUGUCAACCCAAGGGUUGCCGUUCAAAGGAGGUUGUAAGAAAUUAAGACCCAGGAGGUUGGGUCCCUUUGAGGUCAUUCAACAGGUCAACCCAGUGGCUUUCAGGCUCCGGUUACCCAACCACAUGAAACUGCACCCAGUAUUUCACAGGUCGUUACUGUCACCGUACGAAGGGGACGAGAAGGGAUGGCCACUCGGGGACCGGUCAUAGGAGAAAGAGAAUGCAGCAGCCAUGUGGCAGAAAUCCUCGACGCCAGGGGGAAGGGGAUCAGGUGGAGUAUUUGGUAGCGUGGGAAGGAGAACCGGAGUCAGAAAACACUUGGGUAAUGGCCGAAGAUAUCAAUGACGAGGUAUUGAUAGAAACGUUCCAUCAAAGGUUCCCAAGGAAACCUCAGCCUGUGGAGAGGUUCCGGAGGGAAUACUUUGGGACCACUGAUGAGGAGGAGGAGUUGGAAGGAUUCCCGGACUCGGAAGGGGAAGGGAGAUGGACUCUGAGGAGGAGGAGUACUUGAGACCAGGAACCGCAACAGGUGGAGAGAAGUGUUCGAGACAUCGGAAGAUGAAGGAAGUUCAUUCCGGGGUUUUGCCUCCUCACCGCCCGUAGAGGAGGGCGAGAGGGGGUGAAAGGGGCCCUGGAGGGAGGUGGAUGUCAGGGAACUGCCAUCGGAAGGAAGGGAGGUGAAAGGGCUCACACAGGUUGGGAGAGACUCAGCAGCUGAAGAGGGAACCAGUAGGGGAGAGGAGCUGAGCUGAGGGAAAGUGAGCUGGAGGGAUGGCUCAGAGACACUUCCAGCGAAAACAGUGGGGAGGUUUCAGGACCUCCUGUAGGAACACCCACUCCUCGCCGGAAACUGUCACGCAGAGAGUCCAGAAGACGUGUUUCCGUUAAGGAGCUUUUAUGUUGGAAGCGAUUCCGAAAGCAACCACUGUCGGAAUCUGCUAGUGACUAGAGGAGCCAUGUCUGAGGGCUCCGUCACAGACAGAGGUUUGUGGACUUGAACAAACUCUGAGGGGAUACUAUUUUACGCACAAGCAGCUCAUCAUCCCAUCACAGCAUUCCGACAGUCUUUGAAAGCAGCUUGUGCAGGAGAAGGCAUCAUGAGCAACCCAGCCGGAACCGGAGAAGCAGGAGCUGGAGCGGGUCCAAGCCUGGAAGAAAGGUACCGGGUGUUGGAGGUCCAGCUAGCGCUGCAGACGGCGAGGCUUGAGGAGAGGAGGGCUCAGGAUGCAGACAAAAGGGAAAGCCACCCAGCUCGCCAGAAAGGUACCAGGAUUGGUGCAGAAGUUUGAGGGAGCCCAAAGACUAUCAUGGCUUUCGGACAGAGAUGCAAUAUGCCCUCAAUCUGCAGUUUGAUGAAUUCCCUGACGAGGAAUCACGAGUGGCUUUCGUGAUUGGGCAUCUUGAAAAGGGGCGAGAGACUGGGUUAGACCCCUGAUGGCAGCGAAUAGUGACGUCCUAAAGGACACGAUGAAGUUCUUUCGCGCCAUGGAUCUGAUGUUUUCCAGCGAUAUUGAACAGGGAGUGGUGCGCAGACAGUUAAUGGCUUGCAAACAGGGAGCCGAUCUGUCCGUGAGUACUGGACUGAGUUCACCAUGCUGGUUCACAGAUUGGGGUGGGACUUAUCGGCGGAACCCAUUCAAAUGCUCUUUGAAGAAGGGCUUUCUUCGGCUGUGAAAGACGAACUUUCCCGGGCGCCCAGGGCGGAGUCUAUGGACCAGCUGACCAAAUCAGCGCUGACCAUAGGAGCGCGCCAGGAGGCGAGAGCAUUGGAGAGGCGGGAAGGGAAGGGGAACGUUGGAAGGAGUUCCGCAUUCCAGACAUUCCAGAGCCAACUUUCCCGCCGGCAGAGCCGAUGGAAAUCGGAACAGCGCGCGCGCGCAGUUUCAAAGCCCAGUGAGGGGAAAGAAGGAGGGAAAAGCGCGCCCGGAAAUGCUAUCUCUGCCAACAGCCAGGUCACUUUGCCAGAGUCUGCCCCCAGAGGAAGGAAUGGCAAGGGAUGGUAGGAGCUGUGGAGGGAAGAGAGGAAGAAAUACCGGAGCAAGUAAAAGCCAACGCCUGGCUGCCACCGUCGGGGCACAGCAGCCAGGCCAAAGAGCAGUGAGAGUGCCCACGCCAGAACCUCCUAAACCCGCCCUAGUGAUAGAAGUGGCGCUAGAGCUGCCAAACGGACACCCUCUAAAGAUAAAGGCGCUGUUGGACUCAGGCAGCUCCUGCAAUUUCAUGAGCAAAGAGUUUGCAGCUGAACACCAGAUACAGACGAUCCCUUUAAGCAACCCCCUGCAGGUGACCACGAUCGAUGGCAGGGAGCUGUUGGGAGGAGAAGUCAGCUUGCAGACCGUCCCAAUGAUAAUGAAGGUGGCAAGGCACACCGAACUGAUAGCGUUUAAUGUGGCCACCUUGGGAGGAGCUCCCAUUAUAUUGGGGAUGAGCUGGCUAGCGUUACAUGAUCCGCUGGUGGGCUGGCAUCAGAGAGUGGUUUCUUUUGGUUCAGCACAUUGCUUAGAACACUGCAAAGAGGGAAAGGGUUUGGCAGGGGCCCAAGCCACCCUAGCAGGGACUGAAGUAACGGAGAACGUGAAGGUACCACGACAAUACGCAGAUCUCCGCGACGUCUUCAGCGAAAGGAAGCUGACCAACUACCCCGCAUAGACCCUUUGACUGUCAAAUCAAUUUACUCCCUGGGGCACAGCUCCCUGUAGGCAAGCUGUACGCCAUGUCAGACAGAGAGAUGCAGGAGCUAAGAGAGUUCAUUGACAAGAACCUGAAGAGAGGGUUCAUCAGAGAGUCCAGGGCGGUGGGGGCAGCCCAGUGUUUUUGUGGAUAAAAAAACACGAACAAGCCGAGGCUGGUGUGUGACUUCAGGGCCUUAAAUGCAGUGUCAGAACCAGUGGCCUUCCCUAUGCCCAGGAUUGACGACAUUUUGACAAGGGUGCGGAAGGGAAAGAUUUUCACAAAGCUGGACCUAAGGGGGGCGUACAACCUGAUACGAAUAAGGAAGGGGGAUGAAUGGAAAACCACCAUGUUCACCCCUUUAGGGGCAUUUGAAUAUUUGGUUAUGCCCUUCGGCCUACAAGCAGGCUCCGCAUGCUUUCAAUCGUUUAUGAACCACGUCCUGGGGCCUUUGCUUUACAAGAAUUGUGUGGCCUUCUUAGACGACGUGUUGGUGUAUUCUGAGAAUGAGGAGCAGCAUGUGAGAGACGUCAGAGAAGUGUUGAGCAGGCUGCAAGCCAACCAGCUGUGGGUGAAACUGGAGAAGUGUCAGUUUCAUACCAAGGAGGUGGAAUUCCUGGGGUAUCGCCUGUCAGACAAGGGAUUGGCCAUGGAUCCCGGCAAGGUCCAGGCGGUGCUGGAAUGGAAAACACCCAAAACAAGGAAGGAUGUGCAGAGGUUCCUAGGAUUUGGGAACUUCUAUCGUAAGUUCAUCCGAAACUUUGCCCACCUGACGGCGCCCAUUACGGACUGUCUCAGCAGUAAGAAGAAGUUCGUUUGGACUGAGGAGGCGGAGCGAGCAUUUGAGGAACUAAAAGGGCCUUCGCCUCGGAACAACAACUCCUGCAUGUGGAUUUACAAAAACCGAUGAGAGUGGAAACUGACGCAUCAGACAGAGCGAUUGGGGCGGUGCUUCUGCAGCCAGGGAAGGAGGAGUCAGAGUGGAGACCGUGUGCUUUUUUUUUCGCGAAAGCUGAACAAAUCCGAGAGGAACUACACGGUGUAUGACCGAGAACUACUAGCCAUUCAUGAGGCGUUCCGGAGAUGGAGGCACCUGCUAAUUGGCGCACAACAUAAGGUGCAAGUGUGCACUGACCACAAGAACCUAGAGUAUUGGAGGACGGCACGAGUGCUCAACCAACGGCAAGUGAGAUGGGCCCAGGAGUUCUCCAAAUUUAACUUUGAGAUUGGUUACGUGCCAGGCCCAGAGAACAUUAGGGCGGACGCUCUCUCACGCAAACCUGAAUAUUUGGAGGGAGGGAGCACCCGAAGAGAGACAUGUCAUUCCAGAGGACCGCUGGGUGUGUGGGGCGGCAUUGGUGGGACAAAGAGAACUGGUAGAGGAAACAGAGAAUGAUGAAUACGCCCAGAAUAAGCUCAGAGGUCUUAGGGGUGAGGGAGAGGAACCAGGGGUUUCGAGGAAAGAAAUGGAGCUUUGUAUUACAAAGGGGCACUGUAUAUCCCUGAAGGAGACUUAAGGGGAGGGUACUCAAGCAGUUGCACGACAGCCCUACGGCGGGGCAUUUUGGACAACACAAAACCAUGUGGUUGGUCACCAGGGAAUUUUGGUGGCCUAAGGUGAGGAAGAUGUACGUGAGUAUGUAAGAGGGUGCGAGCAAUGCCAGCGAGCCAAAGGGAAAGGCGGGCGCCGGCGGGGCUAUUAGAACCCUUACCAACCCCAGAACGACCUUGGGAGGCAGUGUCGAUAGAUUUUAUGACUGAUCUGCCGAAGUCCAAAGGGAAAACAGCCAUCAUGGUGGUGGUAGACCUACUAACAAAGAUGUGCCACUUUGUAGCUUGCUCGCAUGCAGUCACGGCGGAAGAGACAGCGAAGUUAUUUGUAGAACACAUUUUUAGGUUGCACGGGGUGCCAUUGAGGGUGGUCUCAGACCGAGGAAAACAAUUUACUUCCAGGUUCUGGAGGAAGCUCAUGAGCUUACUGCAGGUGGAGGUCAAUUUUUCGACUGCCCGGCACCCUGAAACCAACGGGCAGGCGGAAAGAGCAAACGGUGUCCUCCAGCAAUACCUGAGGUGUUAUGUCAAUGACAGAGAGAAUGACUGGGUAGAAAAGUUGGCGCUGGCGGAAUUUGCCUACAACAAUGCCGAGAAUGUGUCCACAGGGAUGAGCCCCUUCUUGGCUAAUUAUGGGUGUCAUCCCAGGGCUUUCCCAGGGGAGAUGGGGAGAGAUGGAGCGUCCCGGCAGCCGAGCAUUUUGUGGAAGAAAUGGAAGCAAUCCAUCGUCAGCUCCAACUCAACUUAGAAAGGGCGAAGGAAGAAUACAAGAGGCAGGCAGACAAGAACCGAAGGGAAGGUGAAACCAUAAGGGUGGGAGAUAGGGUGUGGCUGUCAACCCAAGGGUUGCCGUUCAAAGGAGGUUGUAAGAAAUUAAGACCCAGGAGGUUGGGUCCCUUUGAGGUCAUUCAACAGGUCAACCCAGUGGCUUUCAGGCUCCGGUUACCCAACCACAUGAAACUGCACCCAGUAUUUCACAGGUCGUUACUGUCACCGUACGAAGGGGAACGAGAAGGGAUGGCCACUCGGGGACCGGUCAUAGAAGAAAGAGAAUGCAGCAGCCAUGUGGCAGAAAUCCUCGACGCCAGGUGGAAGGGGGAUCAGGUGGAGUAUUUGGUAGCGUGGGAAGGAGAACCGGAGUCAGAAAACACUUGGGUAAUGGCCGAAGAUAUCAAUGACGAGGUAUUGAUAGAAACGUUCCAUCAAAGGUUCCCAAGGAAACCUCAGCCUGUGGAGAGGUUCCGGAGGGAAUACUUUAGGACCACUGAUGAGGGGGAGGAGUUGGAAGGAUUCCCGGACUCGGAAGGGGGAAGGGCGGUGGACUCUGAGGAGGAGGAGUACUUCGAGACCAGGAACCGCAACAGGUGGAGAGAAGUGUUCGAGACAUCGGAAGAUGAAGGAAGUUCAUUCCGGGGUUUGCCUCCUCACCGCCCGUAGAGGAGGGCGAGAGGGGGUGAAAGGGGCCCUGGAGGGAGGUGGAUGUCAGGGAACUGCCAUCGGAAGGACGGGAGGUGAAAGGGCUCACACAGGUUGGGAGAGACUCAGCAGCUGAAGAGGGAACCAGUCGGGGGCGAGGAGCUGAGCUGAGGGAAAGUGAGCUGGAGGGAUGGCUCAGAGACACUUCCAGCGAAAACAGUGGGGAGGUUUCAGGACCUCCUGUAGGAACACCCACUCCUCGCCGGAAACUGUCACGCAGAGAGUCCAGAAGACGUGUUUCCGUUAAGGAGCUUUUAUGUUGGAAGCGAUUCCGAAAGCAACCACUGUCGGAAUCUGCUAGUGACUAGAGGAGCCAUGUCUGAGGGGCUCCGUCACAGACAGAGGUUUGUGGACUUGAACAAACUCUGAGGGGAUACUAUUUUACGCACAAGCAGCUCAUCAUCCCAUCACAGGUAGUUACAGUUGUCUUUCAAAUACAAUAUAAAUUUCUUCCAGUCCUUUAGGAAAGUCUGCUCCCGCUGGUUUUGAAUUUUCCCUAUAAGUCUUGCCAGCUCGAAGUAGUCCAUCAAUUUUAUUUGCCACUCUUCUUUUGUUGGCAUUUCUUCUUGCUUCCAUCUUUGGGCUAAUAGUAUUCUUGCUACAGUGGUCACAUAUAAAAACAGGUUUUUUUUUAUCAUUUUUAUGAAUUUCUGUAUCUACCAUACCCAGUAAAAGAGCUUCUGGUUUUUUUGGAAUUGUAUAUUUCAACAUUUUUUUGCUUUCAUUAUAGAUCAUUUCCCAGAAGUCUUUCCCUUUUUUUGCAUUCCCACCACAUGUGGUAAAAUGUGCCCUCUUUUUCUUUACAUUUCCAACAUUUAUUAUUCGUUUUAUACAUUUUAGCUAGUUUCACUGGUGUUACGUACCAUCUACACAUCAUUUUCAUUAUAUUUUCUUUUAAUGCACUGCAGGCAGUAAAAUUUAUUCCCUCUCUCCAUAACCUCCCCCAAUCAUCUAUUGGUAUAUUAUGUCCUAUAUCUUUAGCCCAAUGUAUCAUUACUGCUUUGACUUCUUCAUCUUUUAGAUGCCAUUCCAAUAGUAAUUUGUACAUUUUAGUGAUCCAGCACCCUCUUAUGUUCACAGUGGACAAGUAAAGGUCCCUGGAGAUUAGAACAGUGUCAAUCCAAAUGGAGAAAAUGCAGCUAGGUUGUUGUUGUUUUUGGUAAUAUAUACCAGAAAAUAAAAACAAUGCUAUGUGAUCUGAGGAGCUCUUUUUACACACACGGCAUACAUAACAAAGAGCAAACAGUGUAAAGGAGUGAUUGGAAAUUUAUUGGAAAAAUUUCUUGCUUCAGCUAGCAUUAAAACAUGUAAGAAUAAGGAUUAUAGAGAGAGAAAUCAGGACUAAGCCAUUGCACUUAUCACACUAGCCAUUCUUUCUUUCCCGUAUCCAAGACCAACUGCAUCCAGUAGUUGAUUGCUUCAAGUAAAACAAAGCCAUAAUUCCUUUGGUGAGUCAUAAGCAUCAGGAAGAUAAGCAGCCAAUGACCUGUGCCAGCAAAGAGGUCUGCUUUAGGCAGAUUCACAGUCCCAGUUUUAAGGUCGGCAGAGAAUUGGCCAUAGCUGGGUCAUGCCCUUGCUAAUCCACCGUCUGGUGAGAUGCCUGGUCCUUGUUGAAAGAUGUAAAGAAAGCCAAGGAGGGGAGAAGAGAAUUCUAAUUCUUAAGCCUGAAGGGAAAAGAGAGGCCAUGACUCAGAAUCCCCAAAACUGCAAAAAACACAAAAACCCACAAACCCAUCAGAAUGGAGAAUCAUGAAGUUUGAAGGAACUUCAAAUGUAUUCCCAACACGUGCCAAGGCAGGAAAACCACUACUCCAGCUCCCCUGAUAAGUGGCCACCCAACCUUGGCUUUAAAAACCACUAACAAAGAAGAGCCCAGCACUUUCUAAGGCAGUUUGUCCCACUUUUGAACAACAUACGAUGUUUAGUCUAAAUACCUUAUUUAAAUUUGAACCUGCUCAUACUCUCUGCAGCAAGAGAGUUCAAAUUUGCUCUAUCAUCUGUGCAAUAGCCCUUCAAAUAUUUGAUGAUGAUGAUAAUAAAUAAAGCCUCUUAAUCAUCUCUUUCAUGGGCUAAACAUACCUAACCGCUUCAAGCUUUCUUCUUAGGUCUUGUUCCACAAGCUCCUCACUAUCUUUAUCAACCUCUUUGUCACAUGACACAUUCCAUUUCUAUUUUAUACAGAAGUUAUAUUUUCACUUACAUUUGAAUGGAACUGCUAUCCUAAGCACAGGACUAAGAAAAAGUAGUGUUCAAAAAGAGAAUAUGUGGUUUAGAGGAGGAUGGGUGAUUACAGAGUUGGAAGUGAUCAAAGGCCAUUGAGCUUAGUCCUUAAUCACACAACAGCUCCAUCAACUUGUCAUGUUUGCAAAGACCAAUCCGCACACCGCAUUAAAGUAUUGUGCUGUUUAAAUUAAGUUGUGGUUUAAUGUGAAUGAGCAGCAUGCUUCUCCUCUCUGCUCCUUUCUUUUGUGUGCUGGGAAAGAAGAAAACAGAGGCUGGCUUGCUGUUGUGUGUGAACCAGCACUCAUAGUUCGUUUCUCUCUUAACAAACCACGAUGGUAAGCCUAAAACAAACCAUAGCUUUCCAAAGUAGCUGGUUGGGAGAAAAACAAAUCAUGAGCAUUGGUUUGCACAUAAUGGCAAGCAAGCCUUUGGUUUAUUUCCUCCCCAGUGCACUGAAUAAAGGAGCUCAGGAACAGCAUUGCAAUGUAUUUUGUUUAGAUCAUAAUUUAGACCAGCAUGGGUCAAAUGGUAUACAUUACAUGUGAUUGCAUCUCAUAAUAGCCUAGUGGUCUUGUAAAAAAAAAAUCUGGAAGUCAUUUUGGGAAGGGCAACUAUGGACAGAGAAGGGGUAAAUCCUUAACCUCUCUCCCUGCCCACUCACUUCCUGCUACAAAUAGACCUCCUAGCUGUUUUUUCUGUUCAGAGCAUCCCGGGUGCUUGUUUCCUUGUGCAACCAACAGGAGAAAGCAAGGUACACUGCACUGAAGUCCCAGCAAAGCAGACAGGGAGACGUUACAUACUAAUCCUCAAGAUGGUUCUGACUCAGUGACCAUGAACAAAACUUACCUAAAGGAAAUUGAGGAGGUGGAGGUGUAUGUCCACCCCAUCUGACAUGCUGUCUCUUGCUGUGCCAUUUCCUGGUGUCUCAGAUCCUGACAUGCACAGAUUAUUUCCCCAGAUUACAAAUGUGAGCAAAAUAUUCAUUAGAUUUUUCUGCAUCUCUGUCUCGGAAACUUAAGCUGCUUUCUUUUCUGGUCUUCUCUUACCAGCAAGUGUUUGUUUGCUUGUUUGUUUUCUAAAAACCAUGGUUGUUUUUCUCUCUUCCAGUCUAUUUACAGGCUUAAGCAAGUAUGCCAGCCUGAUGAAGAGCAAGGGACACCUCGUCUCACUCCAGAAGAAGUUGUGGACAGGAUAUUUCAAUUAGUGGAUGAGAAUGGAGAUGGUAAGAAAUUUUCACUUUGGGUGAUAUUUGUGUCUGGAUCUGUAAUACUUAUGCCAUUCCAAUGAUUAAUGGUUACACCAAAACUCUCAGGAAGGAGCAUUGUAUGCAUUUUAGUACAGCCCGAGUCAACUCAUUUAAAAUGUAAGGGCAUUGGGUGGCUCAUUUGGUUGAGCAUGAGGCUUUUAAUCUCAGGGUUGUGUGUUCAAGUCUCAUGUUGGGCAAAAUAUUCCUACAUUCCAGGGGCUGGACUAGAAGACCCUCAUGGUCCCUUCCAACUCUACAGUUCCACGAUUCUAUGAUUCCCUAGAUCAGGGUUGGGGAUCCUGUAGUCCUCCAGACAUGGCUUGACUACAACUCCUAUCACCUCUGCCCCUUGACCCUGCUGGCUGAGACUGAUCUUCUUUUGAUUGUUGGAGCUGGGAGUCCAACAAUAUCCAAAGUGCCACAGGUCCCACCACCCUUGCUCUACAUAAAAGCUUCUACAUUUUUGAACCUUUACUCAGAUUUUCUGCGGACCAUCAUAUCCAAUCAUUGCUGGUGCUGAAUGUUUGAUUUGCACCUGAGCACCUACUCUUGGCUUUCCCUUUUUAGACUUGCUCAGGCACUUCACGACUCCUUUGAAAAUGUGUGAAGAGCACACAGGGCGGGGUGGGGGGAACUCAGCAAAUAAUGUGUCUGAAAGUGAAAACUCUCUUAAGGCUGACUUAAAUGCUCUCAACACUCAAUAGUCCUGGUUGGUAAGAAUCUGAAGCGACUAUAUUGGAACAUUCUGAUAACUUGUUUUCCUAUGAUGAAUAAGUGCAGAAGCACCAUUUGGGACCCACUAGCAUGAGGAGACCCAUUCCCUUCUCUCUCCACAACGAAAAUGGCAGCUUGUAGGUGGCAGGAGAGUCUCUCAUAGCACAUGGUGGCAAAGAGGUACAGUGACCCAAGUGCUGGCAUGCAGAUGUACAGAAUAGGUAGAGCUUUGAGGGCAUGCUUCCUUUGUUCCCUUCCAUCUUUGAUAAACGUCUCUCUUGCAUUGAUUCUUUAGGGCAGCUUUCUCUGGAUGAAUUCAUUGACGGGGCCCGAAAAGACAAGUGGGUGAUGAAGAUGCUACAAAUGGAUGUGAACCCAGGAGGAUGGAUUGUUGAGCAGAGGAGGAAAUCUCUGUGA